AGUGGAGCCGCUGACGACAUCGUCAAAACUGGAAGAGAGACUUCUUCGUAUGAAUAGAAAUAAAAGUAAAAUCAUAGAUUUCUGUUUCUACCCUCAACUCCAGACCCUACCUCCCCCAAUUCUGAUUUCUGGAGUUAGGGUUCCUUCCCCUUUCCCUUUCUCUCUUCUAGCUUCACCAAUCCUUCCUUUAAUCUUCAAUCUUUUGUCUGUUCUUUUUAUCUUCGGAUAUAAACCGAAUAAUUUGCAGAGGAAAUGGCUGGAUUCGCGCGCAACUGCAUUCAAUCGCUGCUAAAGUUGGUGAAUUCUGGCUUAGGAAUGGUGGGGAUUGCCAUGAUCAUCUACUCUCUUUGGAUGCUUAGGGUUUGGCUCCGCCAUGAAGAAUCGGCUUCAGCCCCCGUCCCUUGGUUCAUAUACACUACACUUGGCCUUGGGGUCACUUUAUGCAUGAUCUCAUGCUCUGGCCACAUUGCUGCGGAAACUGUCAAUGGUUGCUGCCUGUACAUCUACAUGGUCUUUGUCUUUCUUCUGUUCGUACUGGAAGCUGCAAUUACUGCAGAUGUAUUCUUAAACCACAAGUGGGAGGAGGACUUCCCCAAAGACCCAACUGGAAAUCUUGAUCACUUAAAGGACUUCAUCAAGGAUAAUUUUGACACCUGCAGAUGGAUUGGCUUGACUGUGGUGUCUGUACAGGGACUAAGUAUGUUGCUGGCUAUGAUUCUUAAAGCGUUAGGAACACAUACUGAGAGAUUUUAUGAAAGUGACGAUGAUUAUCUACCAGAUAGGGUACCUCUUCUUAAGAAUUAUGUUCCGCCACAAGCGUAUGUUGUCAGUGAACCAGCUUAUGGGAAAAAUGAUGCUUGGAAUGUAAGAAUUAAUAGCAAUAGCAAGGUACAUCCAUAUUAACUUUUUAAUUUUGAAGGGUUAUUGCUUACACGUUCAGAGUAAUUUUAAAUGGUUAUAUUAAUAGCAAGAUACAUCCAUAUUAACUUUUGAUUUUGAAGGGUUAUUGCUUACAC